GAUAUAGUAUAGAAAUGCUUGUUUCUUAACUUGGAGAAGCACAUAGAAAGAUCAAGACUUCCAGAUUUGUAGGGAAAAGAACACUGCAAUUAAAAAGGCAAUGGCGGUACUGGAAACACUAGCUGCUCUUGACAGAGCUAUUCAUUCUCCUCAUGCAGCAACACAGGAGGUCUCUAUGGCUGUUCCAAAACUAACAAGGGAUUCAUCUGGCCAGUACAGUGAUUUUCAUAUACUGUCUUCUUUAAACUUUCAGCUUUUUGAAAGCUCAGCUUUGAUGCAUGUAUCUGCAGUCAAAUCCCUACUUUCUGCACUACGUCAGUUGUCACAUCAGUCCCUCUCUGCAACGGUUAGCUUUGUACAAGCAUCAAAUCAAAAGGCCGGAAGCAUCAGCUUUGCGAUUGAAAGAAUGCUUUCGGUCCUAGUCAACAAUCUUCAUAGGGUGGCUCCAUUGUGGGAUGAUGUGAUUGGCCACUUUACUGAGCUCACAAGUAGUUCAAACCAACAUGUUAGAAAUUUGGCUCUGAAUGCGAUGGAUCAAUCUAUAUGUGCUGUUUUAGGAUCUGAAGUGUUUCAGGAACAAGCUUCCUCUAAAGUCUUUGCCAGCAAUGUUUGCCCUGAGAAUAUAGAGAUGAGAUCACUCGAACGUGCUAUCAUAUCUCCCUUAACAACCCUUUAUUCUUCAACACAAAGCAUUGAUAUUCGUGUUGCAUUGCUUAAAAUUUUUCUUCAUGUUUUGGAGAGGCAUGGAGAAAAGCUGCAUUAUAGCUGGCCAUAUAUUCUUGACGUUCUAAGGUCUGUGGCGCAUGCCGCUGAGAAGGAUCUCAUUUCUCUUGGAUUCCAGUGCCUCCGCAUUAUUAUGAAUGAUGGCCUUUCAUCAAUACCUACUAAUUGCCUUCAUGUUUGUAUCGAUGUUACUGGAUCAUAUUGUGCACAGAAAACUGAACUAAACAUUAGCCUGACAGCUGUAGGCCUUCUAUGGACUUCUAUUGAUUUUCUUGUCAAGGGGGCCAAGGGGCUUCAAGAUGCUCACGAAGAACAUAAAGAAUCUGGUGAAAAUAUUUUGAGCUUAAUUUUGAAUCACCCUUCUCUUUAUGGAUCUGCAUUUUUGCAAUUUGUUGCGCUCAAAUCCUUUUCCUUUUUGUUCAAAUCAUGUUUCAGAUAAAAUAAACAAUGGGAUUAUGGAGGAGUAUAAUCUCACUUCUUCAAAUAAUUAUAGGGAGCAAGCAUUACAGCUUAAUGUAAUUGAUCGUGACAAAUUGUUAUUUUCUGUUUUCUCAUUACUACAAAGUCUGGUAGCUGAUGAGAGACCUGAGGUAUAUUGUACUCUAACACUUGGAGUAUUUAGUUUUAGUAUCAUAAGUUAAAUGCACAUCUUUGUUUUGAUUCCCAUUAGACUUUCAGUAAAUGUUGCGUUGCAUA